AUGAGGCAGGCAGGGACAUAUUCGGGCAUACUGUCGGGCGGAAUAUCGGGUAAAACGGGGCCUCAUUUGUUGCCCUUGGCAAGGAUCAAGAAGAUAAUGAAAAAGUCGGGUGAGGACGUUAAGAUGAUCUCCGGGGAGUCUCCGAUUGUGUUCUCCAAGGCGUGCGAGCUGUUCAUAAAGGAGCUGACGCAAAGGUCGUGGAUGGUUACCAUGCAAGGGAAGAGGAGGACGCUUAACAAAGAGGAUGUUGCCUCUGCUGUUAUGGCUACUGACCUUUUCGAUUUUCUUGUCAACUUGGUUUCGGAAUCUGGGGAAGCUACUACUCCUUUGGAAAUGGAUACCUCCAACUAUUCCUAG